AUGGCUGCAUCCAGCGGCUUGCCCUUCAACGCGGCCGACGGAGUCAACGCGGUCAACGCUUCCUCAGACGCUCUCCGCGUUCGCCCGCUAGCAGCGCUCUCCUGCUCGCUCUCGCACGGCCUGUCGCUCUCGCUCCUCUCCUCGCUGACUGCCACGUGGCAGCACGACAGGCACCGCCUUCGAGCCAGCACAUUGAGCGCAUCUCAGUCGUUGGAUGAGCCAUCGUGGAAGAAGGCUCAAUCUGGGUCGUUGCUGGAGCGCUUCCCCCUGAAGGCAGCAGCAACGGCGAGCGGGCUGGCGCUGGCGGGCGACACGCUGGCGCAGCUCGUGGAGCGCCGCAGCCGCCGGCAGCAGAAACAGAAACAGCAGCACCACGGCGACCACCACCACCUCGGCCACCGCACUGACGCGUGCGCUGCUGCUGCUGCCCCCACCGCACUGCACGAGCCGCACCCUGCAGCAGGCGCUAGGGAGGGCGAGGGGUUGGGGCAGCACGACUGGGUGCGCGCUCUACGCAUGGCGUCGUACGGCUUCCUGCUGUACGGGCCCGGCUGCCACGCCUGGUACCGCUGGCUCGACCGCCUGCUGCCCGCCCCCACCGCCUCCAACUUCGCCUUCAAGGUGCUAGCGAAUCAGGUGGUGGUGGGGCCGAGUGUGCUGCUGGUGGUGUUUGCAUGGAACAUGGCAUGGAUGGGUCGUGCCAGGGACAUCCCCGACAAGUACCGCCGAGACUUCUUCCCCUCGCUCAUCAAGGGCUACAAGUUCUGGAUACCUGCCACCUGCCUCAACUUCGCAGUGGUGCCAUUAGAGGCAAGAGUGGCCUUCAUGUCAUGCUGUGCCAUCUUCUGGAACUUCCACCUCUCCUCCUCACUCGGCAAGGAGGCACCUCGCCCCGCACCUCAAUGCUCUCCUCUUUCUGCUCUGCCUUUGCCUGCUCCUGCUUCAUCUCUUGAUUAUUCCCCUGCCUCUGCGGCUUCUGCUGGUUACCAAGUGUUGGCUGCACCUUCCGUGUAG